AUGGCACAGAAGAGAUUCAUCAUUGAGGUCGAGAAAGCGAAGGAAGCGAGCGAAGGAAGGCCAUCGAGGGGCCCUGUGUACCGUAGCCUCUUCGCUAAGGAUGGAUUCCCUGCUCCUAUCGAAGGUCUCGAUUGCUGCUGGGACGUUUUCCGAAUGUCUGUUGAGAAAUAUCCAACAAGUCCAAUGCUUGGUCGCCGGGAGAUUGUGGACGGGAAGCCAGGCAAGUACAAGUGGCUAACAUACAAAGAAGUACAUGACCUGGUGAUUAAAGUUGGGAAUUCCAUCCGUAGCUGUGGUUAUGGAGAAGGUGUAAAAUGUGGUAUUUAUGGUGCCAAUUCUGCAGAAUGGAUUAUGAGCAUGGAGGCCUGCAACGCUCAUGGACUUUAUUGUGUUCCUUUAUAUGAUACCUUGGGUGCUGGAGCUGUAGAGUUUAUUAUAUGUCAUGCAGAGGUCUCAAUCGCAUUUGCAGAAGAAAAGAAGAUACCGGAGGGUCAAAAUCAGAGUUAUGAUCUUCCUAUAAAGAGAAGAAGUGACAUCUGUACAAUAAUGUAUACUAGCGGAACUACUGGUGACCCCAAGGGAGUGUUGAUAUCAAAUGAGAGUAUUAUUACUUUACUAGCUGGGGUUAAGCGACUGUUGGACAGUGUCAAUGAACAAUUGACUGAGAAGGAUGUAUACAUAUCAUACCUUCCUCUUGCACAUAUCUUUGAUAGGGUCAUUGAGGAAACAUUCAUAUGGCAUGGUGCUUCAAUAGGUUUCUGGCGUGGGGAUGUCAAAUUGUUAAUUGAAGAUAUUGGGGAACUAAAACCAACUAUUUUCUGUGCUGUUCCUCGGGUGCUUGAUAGAGUGUACUCAGGUUUGACACAAAAGAUUUCUUCUGGGGGCUUCUUGAAGAAGACAUUAUUCAACGUUGCUUAUUCACAUAAGCUGAAUAACAUGAAGAAAGGGCUUACACAUGGAGAGGCAUCCCCUAUUUGUGAUAAAUUUGUAUUUGAGAAGGUAAAGCAGGGUUUAGGGGGUAGAGUUCGUCUUAUUCUGUCUGGAGCAGCACCUUUAUCUGCACACGUGGAAGCUUAUUUAAGGGUGGUGACUUGUGCUCAUGUCCUACAAGGAUAUGGCCUGACUGAGACCUGUGCGGGAACCUUUGUCUCAUUACCAAAUGAAAUGGAAAUGCUUGGAACAGUGGGCCCACCAGUACCAAAUGUUGAUGUUUGCCUGGAAUCUGUUCCUGAAAUGGGAUAUGAUGCCCUGGCGAGCACACCAAGAGGAGAAAUUUGUGUAAAGGGUAAAACCUUGUUUUCAGGGUACUACAAACGUGAAGACCUCACGAAAGAGGUUCUGAUCGAUGAAUGGUUCCAUACAGGGGAUAUUGGAGAGUGGCAACCUAAUGGAAGCAUGAAAAUUAUUGAUAGGAAGAAGAAUAUAUUUAAACUUUCGCAAGGAGAAUAUGUUGCUGUCGAAAACCUGGAGAACAUUUAUGGUCAAGUUUCAUGUAUUGAAUCUAUAUGGGUUUAUGGAAACAGUUUUGAGUCCUUCCUUGUUGCUGUUGUUAACCCCAGUAAGCAAGCACUUGAACAUUGGGCACAAGAAAAUGGUAUAUCUAUGGACUUCAAUUCUCUAUGUGAAGAUGCUAGAGCAAAAAGUUACAUAAUUGAAGAGCUUUCAAAGAUUGGAAAGGCAAAUAAGUUGAAAGGUUUCGAGUUUAUAAGAGGAGUUCAUCUUGACCCAAUUCCAUUUGACAUGGAGCGUGACCUUAUCACUCCAACAUAUAAGAAGAAGAGGCCACAGUUGCUUAAAUUUUAUCAGAGUGUCAUUGACAACAUGUACAAGAGUGCAAAGUAA